AUGCGUAAAAGAAAACACACACCCCUGUUGGUGGUGUCACUGAUAAUUCUGAUUUGCCUCUUAGAAGGUUCACUCAAAUGUGUGAACUUAACUCCUCGGAGGAGGAAGUCUGCACCGGUUAGCAGCUCCAAACAGGCGCACGCACAGAAGAGCAGAAACAACCGAAGGAAGUGUCCCCAGUUUUACAUUACCCGAUACGGUGUUAUCCCAAAGAGGGAGAAACGAUCUUGCAGGGAGGUGUUCAAAUUAUACAAAGGCUGUGGAACGACAUGCUCCUACGAAUGGGUAGAGAGGGAUGACAACGUGGAGGUAAAGAUAUGUCUUGCCCCGGAUGUCACAUCAGACGACAUUCAGUGCAUAUUAAAAAGUGAUCACUUAUAUGCCAAGCUGAAAAACAAACCACAGAGUCUCAUAGAAGGGAAGUUGAAAGGACAGGUGGACGUAAACCAGUCCACGUGGUUCCUAGAAAAGUACAAAGAAUUCUCCGUUCUUAUGAUUCAUUUGAAGAAGAAACAGGAUAAAGGAAUAAACGAAUGGGUAGGCGUAAUCGAAAAGGAAAAUAUUCUUCACUUGUCAUAUGAUAACGCUUCUUCAGGACACAAUAAUCUUAGCGCAUCGAAACAUGUAAAUGCACAACCGGGGGAGGUCCUCCUUAGACAAGUCUUUCCAAAUGCCAAGGCUGACGACGUGUUCAGCUUCGUCCUCAAAUGGGCCAACACAAAAUCCAAUGGACCAAACGAAUUUGGUAUCCCCAGGAUGAAGCUAAAAACGACAGUCAUAAAUGAUGAACACGAAAUAGAGAUCAUCAUUUCUGGAUAUGACUUAAAAUGGGAAGCGGAAGACAGUCUGGUCAUAAAAUUCAGUUCGCUGGAAAAUGGGGUAGAACUCAUCACCCACAGGGGGAAGGUGGCUAGUGGGGUAAGAGGGCUGCAUGGAAAUAUGGUAAGCUUCUUAGUGAAAGAAUGCGAAAAUGGAAUACUAAAAAAACUGCAACAUGACUUGAAAGGAGUUUUUUAUUUAAACCCCAUGUCGAAAAAAGCAGAGACGCUCAUGCAUGGACACACACCCCAGACGAACUACGACUACGUGUCUGACGGUAAGGUGGGCCCACAACACAUUUCCAUAAAUAGGGAAGAGCCUAUUGAAAAAUCCACACAAAAUAAUAAACUAAACCAGGUAGAUAAUACACAAGGGGGGACAAACACAGAACAGGUAACACAUAUAAAGAAGGACUCCCCACAGGAAGAACUAAUAGUAGAGGAACUGAAGCUACACUCCAAGGUCAACCUAACCUGUGAAGAUAAAUCCAAAGAACCGGCAUUUAUGAAAGACUGGUCGGAGGAGAAAAAAAUCGAAUUUAGAAGAAACUCCGUCCUUCAGUUAAAAAGAAAUUUAGAAAUGUCACAGGAGAAUAAACUCAUCAUGAAGCUGGAGGAUUACGUGAACUAUAUGAAAGUAUCCUUUGACCUCACUGAUGAGGAAGCCAAAUUGGUUUGGAAGAAGGGAAUGGCUAAAUCGGAUGAGCAGAAAAGUAAGGAGCGCUUUUACAGGUUCACGGAGGUGGAAAAGCUCACCGAUAGGAUAGGUUUAGUCGUCCCGGGGGAGGAAACCAACCGAAACGGUGAUAACAUAGGACCGGAAGAAACAUAUACCUACUGUCACGCAGAGAAGAACACCCCCCCCUUCACUGACCUAACCAGGAAGGAAAGCUUCCAUGAGAAGGAAGACAGAACCAUUGAUGCGGAAAACCAAAACAGUAUUAACAGACGCUUCUUCAACUGCCUGGAAGAGGAGUUACUCGACCCAGAAGAUAAACCAAAACUGACCUUAUACGAAAUAUACUGCAAAAGUGACCAAACGGAAAAAGAAAAAAUGAGAGAAAAAUGGAAAAUGAAUGAACUGAGGUUAAAUACGCUAAUUAACGAAUUGGCCUACUCAGAGGAGGAUAUGAUUCCCACGGUUUGUAACAACUACAGGGAUGUGCUCCUGAGUGAUGAGUAUGCCUGCCUCAUGCAAAUCAGGUUGGAAGAAUCCCCCCCGACAAAUGAACAAGAGAAGAGAAUACUCAAAAUAAUUAACUCCUUCGCAUUAAGUCUCUACGACGAUAUAAAAAUUGUAAUGGAACAUGAGGAGAAGGAACACUUAAAAAAAAUCCAACUCAUUUGUGAAAAAGCUGUAAACGAUGAGAAAGGGCUGAACGAUUUUAUCGAGUCCAUGAAGCCACUCUUAGACUACUCUUUCCUUGGAUACAUAAAGCACGCCAUACGGAUGGAAAAGAGGAAAAUAAAAAUGGAAAACAAGGACUUCAGAGAGCAGCCCUCCGAUUGGCUUAUCAUCCUCAUGAUUAUCCAGAAGGGAAUUUAUUCUAUUUUAGAAAAGGACAUAUGGGAAGACGUCAUCCACAUCACUACCAUCAUCUGCCAGGAACAACCCAGUGUGCGUAAGACCAUGCUAACGACUAUGGUUGCCUCCAUGCCCAAGGCCGAUUGGAUCUUUUUCAAGGACGUUAUUAAAACUAUAUACAAAUGUGUACAGGAAAGAAAAAUUACGGCUAACCAUUUUCCUGACUUCCCCCAUAUCCCGGAAGCCAUCUUCCAACUCAAUUACGACAUUGAAAGGAUUUUACCUGACUGGUUCAUAAAACAAAUGCUCGACGAGUAUGAUAAGUCCGUUGUGGAACUAAUGAAAUCCAGGAAGCCUCUCUUUUGGAAGAUGAAGGAGACCAACUGGGACAAGAAGUUCGUGCAGGACUUCAAGCAGCUGCAGGUGCAGCAGUUCCGUCAGUACGAGCGGCACGCCGGUGGGGGCACCAUGUAG